AUGGAGAGGACAGCCCCAACCCUCCUCGUUCUGCUCAGCCUAACGGUGGCAGUUUCUGAUGCCCAGGACUCCUGCCCAGGUGUAAGAAUAGUGGGGUUGGGUGAUGCUGAUCGGCUUGCUGUCCUCCAAGGAUGUCCAGGGAUCCCAGGUGCCUCUGGCCCAAAAGGAGAACCAGGUCUCCCAGGAACAAAAGGAGAAACGGGAGCCCAGGGAAAUCCCGGGAAAGCAGGACCGCCUGGUACAAAAGGAGUGGCUGGAGAGCCUGGCUUCCCAGGACCUAAAGGAACGAAAGGAGAACCUGGAUUUCCAGAAACUUCGGGAGCCAGGAACUGCCAAGAGCUGCUGCAUAAAGGGAAGAUCCUGAGCGGCUGGUACACCAUCUACCCCCAAGGCUGCAACGCCACCAUGGUCUUUUGUGAUAUGGACACAGAUGGUGGAGGAUGGAUUGGUUCCCUGCAGGUUUUUCAGAGACGCUUGGAUGGGUCAGUGAAUUUUUUACGAGAUUGGAAUUCAUAUAAACGAGGAUUUGGCAACCAGCUGACAGAGUUCUGGCUGGGGAAUGACAACAUUCACUUCCUCACCUCCUUGGAAACCUGUGAACUUCGAAUUGAUCUGGGAGACUUUGAAAACAACUACUAUUUUGCCAAGUAUGCUUCAUUUAGAGUUUUAGGAGAGUCUGAGAAAUACAAACUCGUUCUAGGAGACUACCUUGGUGGAAAUGCUGGAGACUCCUUCUCAUACCACAAGGACAUGCCAUUUUCAACAACAGACCAGGACAAUGACAUGAGCUCCUUUAACUGUGCCACAGCCUACAAGGGUGCAUGGUGGUACAACGACUGCCAUUACUCCAACCUGAAUGGGAUGUACUGGUUGGGUGUUCAUGGGAGCUAUGCUGAUGGCAUAAACUGGAAGACAGGCAAAGAGUACCAUUACUCCCAUAAGCGGACAGAAAUGAAAUUCAGGCCAGUUUAGAGGGCAAGAGGCUGUUUACUAGCACCCAUAUAUGCCACUUGGCAGCCAGCAGAAGAUACAAAAUGAGAGAUAAAGUUGUUCUAGGGCAAA